UUCUCCAUGUUAACCAUGAGCGUGACACUUUCCCCUCUGAGGUCACAGGACCUGGAUCCCAUGGCUACUGAUGCUUCGCCUAUGGCCAUCAACCUGACACCCACUGUAGAGCAGGGCGAGGGAGAAGAGGUGAUGAAGGACAUGGAUUCUGACCAGCAGUAUGAAAAACCACCUCCACUCCACACGGGGGCUGACUGGAAAAUUGUCCUGCACUUACCAGAGAUUGAGACCUGGCUCCGGAUGACCUCAGAGAGGGUCCGAGACCUAACCUAUUCAGUCCAACAGGACUCAGACAGCAAACACGUGGAUGUGCAUCUAGUUCAGCUUAAGGACAUUUGUGAAGAUAUUUCUGAUCAUGUUGAGCAAAUCCAUGCCCUUCUGGAAACGGAGUUCUCCCUAAAGCUGCUAUCUUACUCAGUCAACGUGAUAGUGGACAUCCACGCAGUGCAGCUCCUCUGGCACCAGCUCCGAGUCUCGGUGCUGGUCCUACGGGAGCGCAUUCUACAAGGUCUGCAGGACGCCAAUGGGAACUACACCAGACAGACAGACAUUCUGCAAGCUUUCUCUGAGGAGACAAAGGAAGGCCGCCUUGAUUCUCUCACAGAAGUGGAUGACUCAGGACAGUUAACCAUCAAGUGCUCUCAAAAUUACUUAUCUCUGGAUUGUGGUAUUACUGCUUUUGAGCUGUCUGACUACAGUCCAAGUGAGGAUUUGCUUGGUGGCCUGGGUGACAUGACCUCUAACCAGGUCAAAACCAAACCAUUUGAGACUUGGAGCUACAGUGAGAUGGAAAAGGAAUUCCCUGAGCUUAUCCGAAGUGUUGGAUUACUUACAGUGGCCACUGACUCCAUCCCUCCCAGUUGCAAUGAAGAAGUCGGUGAGGAAGUAUCUCUUUUAACAGAUGACAAAGGUAGAUGUGAGAAAAACAACACUUCCGCAGCCAGUGAGCUUGCAGAUGAAACCCCAGGGACAUCAUCAUCAGGAGAACCUCUGACAAAUGCUAUUCAACCCUCUUCUGAAACCACAAAGCAAGAAUCCAGUUCUUCCAACCAUUAUGGUGCAAAGAACCAACAGCCUCUUCUUUGUGAAAAUACAACUCCCAAGCGAACCAUCAGAGACUGCUUUAAUUAUAACGAGGACUCUCCCACGCAGCCCACAUUGCCAAAGAGAGGGCUUUUCCUUAAAGAGGAGACUUUGAAGAAUGAUCAGAAAGAUAGUGGUAGAAAGAAGCAGCUGGUCGAUCUAAAGCCCGAGAUGAGCAGAAGCACGCCCUCCCUGGUAGACCCGCCAGACAGGUCCAAGCUCUGCCUGAUGUUACAAUCUUCCUACCCCAACAGUGCAUCAGCUGCCAGCCAGUCAUAUGAAUGUUUGUACAAGGUGGGUAUUGGGAAUCUUGAAAAUACAGUCAAAGCUCACAUUAAGGAAAUCUCUUCCAGCUUAGGAAGGCUCAAUGACUGUCGAAAAGCGAAGCCUCAAUUUAAAAAGUCUCAUGAGACCCCAGAGGUACUAUCUUCAUGCCAAACACCUAAAAGGGGAAGUGACUCAAGCAACAAGGCUGAAAACACUAGAAGCUUAGUUGUGCCAAAUGGAAUUCCUUCUUGCAUUUCCAAGGCCAAAGAGGAUCCAGAAACAGAUUCAGCUUCUGUGUCCUCGCUGGAACCACGUACUCAGAAAAGUUGGAAGACCAAAUUGCCAGUACAGUCAGAAACCUCUAGUUCACCACCUUGUACUCAAAGCAGUGAAUCUUCUGUUGGCUCAGAUUCCAACUUGUCUCCAUUACCCGUGCUUUCAAAGCCCCAAAGCAAGAAAAGUUCCUCCUCUUCCCCAAGUCAUGUUACCAGAAAUGGUCAGGUCGUGGAGGCCUGGUAUGGCUCUGAUGAAUAUCUAGCACUGCCCUCUCACCUUAAGCAGACAGAAGUGUUAGCUUUGAAGUUAGAAAACUUAACAAAGCUUCUGCCCCAUAAACCCAGAGGAGAAACCAUUCAGAAUAUUGAUGACUGGGAACUGUCUGAAAUGAACUCAGAUUCUGAGAUGUACCCAACUUACCAUGUCAAAAAGAAGCAUACAAGGCUGGGCAGGGUGUCGCCAAGCUCAUCCAGUGACAUAGCCUCUUCACUCGGGGAGAGCAUUGAAUCUGGACCUCUGAGUGACAUUCUUUCUGAUGAGGACUUUUGUCUGCCUCUGUCUGGUGUGAAAAAAUACAAAGAUGAGAAGUCAGAGCGAGCUUCAUCCUCAGAGAAGAAUGAAAGACAUGCUGCCACAAAAUCAGCUUUAAUUCAGAAACUGAUGCAAGAUAUUCAACACCAAGACAACUAUGAAGCCAUCUGGGGAAAAAUCGAGGGGUUUGUGAACAAGCUGGAUGAAUUCAUUCAGUGGCUAAACGAAGCCAUGGAGACCACUGAGAAUUGGACUCCACCCAAAGCAGAGACAGACAGCCUUAAACUGUACCUGGAGACGCACCUGAGUUUUAAGUUGAAUGUCGACAGUCAUUGUGCUCUCAAGGAAGCUGUGGAGGAGGAAGGACAGCAACUUCUCGAGCUUAUUGCAUCUCACAAAGCAGGACUGAAGGACAUGCUGCGGAUGAUUGCAAGUCAAUGGAAGGAGCUGCAGAGGCAAAUCAAACGGCAACACAGCUGGAUUCUCAGGGCCCUGGAUGCCAUCAAAGCCGAGAUACUGGCUACUGAUGUGUCUGUGGAGGAUGAGGAAGGGACUGGAAGCCCCAAGGCUGAGGUUCAGCUCUGCUACCUGGAAGCACAAAGAGAUGCUGUUGAGCAGAUGUCCCUCAAGCUAUACAGCGAGCAAUACACCAGCAGCAGCAAGAGAAAAGAAGAGUUUGCUGAUAUGUCAAAAGUUCAUUCUGUGGGAAGCAAUGGGCUUCUGGACUUUGAUUCAGAAUAUCAGGAGCUCUGGGAUUGGCUGAUUGACAUGGAGUCCCUUGUGAUGGACAGUCAUGACCUGAUGAUGUCAGAGGAGCAGCAGCAGCAUCUUUACAAGCGUUACAGUGUGGAAAUGUCCAUCAGGCACCCGAAAAAGACAGAGCUGCUUAGUAAGGUUGAAGCUUUGAAGAAAGGUGGCGUUUUACUACCAAAUGAUCUCCUUGAAAAAGUGGAUUCAAUUAAGGAAAAAUGGGAACUGCUUGGGAAAACCCUAGGAGAGAAGAUCCAGGACACAAUGGCAGGACACAGUGGGUCGGGACCACGUGACCUGCUCUCUCCUGAAAGCGGAAACCUGGUAAGGCAGCUGGAGGUCAGGAUCAAAGAACUGAAAGGUUGGCUAAGAGAUACCGAGCUUUUCAUCUUCAAUUCCUGCCUGAGACAAGAAAAAGAAGGAACAAUGAAUGCUGAGAAACAACUGCAAUACUUUAAGACAUUAUGUUCUGAAAUAAAGCAGCGGCGUCGAGGUGUGGCCUCUGUUCUGAGAUUAUGCCAGCAUCUUCUGGAUGACCGGGAGACCUGCAACCUCAACGCAGACCACCAGCCCAUGCAGCUGAUCAUUGUAAACCUGGAAAGGAGGUGGGAAGCCAUUGUCAUGCAAGCUGUUCAAUGGCAAACACGGCUACAAAAGAAGUUGGGAAAGGAGUCUGAGAUUUUGAAUGUGAUUGAUCCUGGCUUGAUGGACCUAAAUGGGACAAGUGAAGAUGCCCUGGAAUGGGAUGAAACCGACAUAAGUAAUAAAUUAAUUAGUUUCAAUGAAGAGUCAAAUGACCUUGAUCAAGAACACCAAUCUGCAUUACCUUCCUUAAACCUUGAGGAGACAGGAGGCGAGGACCCUGGAUAUGAAGAAGAACCAAGUGAUCUUGGGGGAUCUCCCUACACCUCAAGUAUCACUGCUCCCUCCAGCCCACAUAUUUACCAAGUGUACAGUCUUCAUAAUGUAGAACUCUAUGAGGACAACCACAUGCCGUUUCUGAAAAACCAUCCAAAAUUAACUAGUGCGACACAGCCUACUGUCUUGACUAAGAGUCUCAGUAAAGAUUCUUCAUUUUCAUCUACAAAAUCCCUGCCAGAUCUUUUAGGAGGGAGCAAUUUGGUGAAGCCCUGCCCAUGCCACAGAGGGGACAUGAGCCAGAAUUCAGGUAGCGAGAGUGGAAUCGUCAGUGAAGGAGACACUGAAACAACGACCAACUCUGAAAUGUGCUUGCUCAGUGCAGUGGAUGGGUCCCCAAGUAACCCUGACACUGACCAUCUGGACCUACAAAUGGGAGAUGCUGUUAACAUGGUGAAGCAGAAACUUAAAGAUGAGGAGGAACACAUUAAACUUCCAAAGAGCUCUCAGGCAUCCAUUUCACCAGCGAGUUGUGUAAAUGGAAAAGUUGGAGAUUUAAGCAGUGUUACCAAACAUACCCCUGAUUGUUUGAGAGAAGAAUUACAAGGAAAACAUGAUGUGUUUACGUUUUAUGAUUACUCAUACCUCCAAGGCUCAAAACUCAAAUUACCAAUGAUAAUGAAACAGUCACAAAGUGAAAAAGCACAUAUGGAAGAUUCUCUGCUCCAUGGUUUCUAUUUUGAUAAAAAGUCCUGCAAAUAUAAACAUCAGGGUACAGAGUUACAACCAGAUGCACCACCCCACGAAAGGCUUUUGGCAGGUGCAUCACAUGAACUGGGCCGCAAUUCAUAUAAAAGUGGCGAUGUAGAGAAGACAUUCACUGGCAUGCAGAAUGCCAAACAACUCUCUCUUUUAUCUCAUAGCUCAUCUAUAGAGUCACUUUCUCCAGGUGGUGAUUUAUUUGGCCUAGGCAUCUUUAAAAAUGGCAGUGACAGCCUCCAGCGAAGCACUUCUUUAGAAAGUUGGUUGACAUCCUAUAAAAGCAAUGAAGAUCUUUUUAGCUGUCACAGCUCUGGAGACAUAAGUGCAAGCAGUGGCUCAGUUGGUGAGCUGAGCAAAAGGACAUUAGAUCUUUUGAAUCGUUUAGAAAACAUUCAGAGUCCCUCAGAGCAAAAGAUAAAGCGAAGUGUUUCUGAUAUCACUCUCCAAAGCAGUUCCCAAAAGAUGUCCUUUACUGGUCAGCUGUCACUGGACAUAGCAUCUUCCAUCAAUGAAGACUCGCCAGCAUCUCUUACAGAACUUAGCAGUAGCGAUGAGCUCUCUAUUUGUUCAGAAGAUAUUGUUCUACACAAGAACAAGAUCCCAGAAUCAAAUGCCUCGUUCAGGAAGCGCCUCACUCAUUCCGUGGCUGAUGAAAGUGAUGUCAAUGUCAGCAUGAUCGUUAAUGUCUCUUGCACUUCUGCUUGCACUGAUGAUGAAGAUGACAGCGACCUCCUUUCAAGCUCUACACUCACUUUGACCGAAGAAGAGCUGUGCAUCAAAGAUGAGGAUGAUGACUCCAGUAUUGCAACAGAUGAGGAAAUUUAUGAAGACUGUAACUUGAUGUCAGGGCUGGACUAUAUAAAGAAUGAACUACAGACUUGGAUCAGGCCAAAGCUUUCCUUGACAAAAGAUAAGAGAAGAUGUAACCUCAGUGAUGAAAUAAAGAGCAAUAAAGAUAUAAGUAAUAGUGAGAUGACCAAUCCCUCUGAUACCUUGAACAUUGAAGCCCUUCUAAACGGAUCUAUAAAACAGCUCUCUGAAAAGAAUGGGAAUGGCAAGAAUGUAUCCCAGACCGACGAGUUAGGGACAAAGGGCGAAAAUACAAAGAACAUUUUCAAAGUUAAUAAAGAUCCGUAUAUGGCUGACAUGGAGAAUGGUAAUAUUGAGAGCGCUCCAGAAAAGCAAAAGGACAAACUGCAUAACUUUUCAAAGGUAUCAGAAAACCUUGGUUCAACUGGGAAAAAUAUUUCUGAGAAGGAACUUUGUAAGUGUAAGGCAUUUGUCAGUAACUUGGAUGAUUCAAAUAUUGAUGGAAAGGAAUUUGGUCCACAAACCAUUAGACAUCUCCCGAAGAAAUGUCAAAAUCACCACCAUUUAGAAAAUCAAAGUACUGUUUCUCUUUCCGCUGAGAAGUUGCACCCAGAACUCCCUUCAGAAACCAGAGUUAUCCAUAGACGAGACUCUGAUGAACUGAAAUCUUCAUCUAUUGAUACUCCAACUAUGGAUGGAAAAGCUGCUGGUUGCUGCCUGGCACUUGAAGAAAAUCAAACAGAGGAAAAUGCUGCUAUCAGCGAGAACAUUUCCUGUUGUAAUUGUGAGCCAGAUGUUUGCCAUCAAAAAGAUGCUGAAGAUUGCUCAGUACAUGACUUUGUUAAGGAAAUCAUUGACAUGGCUUCAACAGCCCUAAAAAGUAAAUCUCAACCUGAAAAUGAGGCCACUUCUCCUACUUCACUAACUCAAAUCAAGGAAAAAGUGUUAGAACAUUCUCACCGGCCCAUCCAGCUGAGAAAAGGGGACUUUUAUUCCUACUUAUCCCUCUCAUCACAUGACAGUGAUUGUGGGGAGGUCACCAAUUACAUAGAAGAGAAGAGCAACACUCCAUUGCCAUUGGACACUGCUGAUGCUGGGCUAGAUGACAAGGAAGACAUUGAAUGCUUCUUUGAGGCCUGUGUUGAGGAGGAUCCUGAUGGAGAGGAGCCCUGUUUCUCUAGUGCCCCUUCAAAUGAGCCCACAGUUCCAAAUGAAGGAAUGUCACUACAACAACUCCAAACCGCCGAUGCAGAUGUGUUGGCUCUUCCAAGUCCUCCAGCUCAGAAAAGAGCUGGUGUGGAAAAGGAAGUGGAUGGUCUUCCUCAAACUUCCAGUGAGGAAAUCUCCAAGUUAAGCACUCUCUCUUGGCUGGGCAGUGACAAGGAGAUUCCAGGAAACCCAGUUGAAUCUGGAAUACCAGAGUGCAAUGAUGCUUCAGCCAAAGCUACAGCUCCAAGCCUUUCCUUGAAGGCAAAGCAGCCAAAACAAAAAGCUGUAUCGCAUCCUAACCCCAAAACUCUAGCCUGUGAAGAAAAUGUUCUAAACUUUCAUGAAGAUCGACAAAGAAAUAUGCAUAGGUAG